CUGAAUCCCCAUUCUGACCCUCAUCCCUAUCUCCCCUUCCCUCUGUCUAUAUAUACACACACAGUUACCAAUGUGGCUGAGCCUCGCCGUCGAAGAUGACCAACGAGAGGAAUAUUUAAUCCCUAGUAUAUAUAUAUCCAGAAGUCCUACAGAUCAUUUUGAGAUUAACGGCCGAGGUGUAACAAACACAAAAAAAAAUGGCGGUCAAAGAUCCCCCUCACUCAUCGUACUGUACAACCCCACAGUCGGAGAAGCUUCAGCAGGAUGGCAGCCCGCCGGCGGCGGCCAAUAACAGUAACAACAGCUUGAUGGUUGCUCCGCCGGCGGUGAUGACCCCUAAGCUGCCGGAAAAAUCGACUAAGAAACAGCCCGGCGGAUGGAGAGCCAUGCCUUACGUUUUAGGAAAUGAGACGUGCGAGAGGUUGGCGACGUUUGGAUUGUUCGCAAACUUCAUGGUGUAUCUGACGAAAGAGUAUCACAUGGAGCAGGCCAAAGCUGCACAGCUUCUCAACGUCUGGUCCGGCUUCACUAACUUCCUGCCGCUCAUCGGCGCCUUCGUCUGCGACGCCUACGUCGGCCGCUUCAAAACCAUUGCUUUCUCCGUCUUCGCCGAACUUCUGGGGAUGGUAACAAUCACACUGACAGCGUGGCUGCCGCACCUCCGCCCACCCAAAUGCGACGCCGUCUCCCCAUCCUCCACGUCGGCUGCCUGCGCGGGGCCCACCUCGAGCCAGCUGGGCGUCCUGCUGGCGGGCCUCUGCCUGCUUUCCGUCGGGGCGGGCGGGAUCCGACCCUGCAGCAUCCCGUUCGGGGUGGACCAGUUCGACGGUCGGACCGAAGCCGGGGUCAAAGGGAUCAACAGCUUCUUCAACUGGUACUACACCACCUUCACCGUCGUCAUCCUCCUGGCGCUCACCGUCAUCGUCUACAUCCAGGAUUCGAUCAGCUGGGCGCUCGGCUUCGGGAUUCCGACGGCGUUCAUGUUCGGCUCCAUCUUCUUGUUCUUCAUGGGCACCAGGAUCUACGUCCACGUCAUGCCUGAAGGCAGCGUCUUCUCCGGGAUCGUCCACGUCUGCUCCGCCGCAUACAAGAAGCGCAACCUUAAGCUUCCCGACGCCGCCGCAGACGGUGCACGGUUCUAUGACCCGCCGGCUAAGGACUUCGUCAUAAACAAGCUCCCCCUCACCAGUCAGUUCAGCUUCUUAAACAAGGCGGCAAUCAUAGAGCAAGAACACGUGGAGCUGAACCAGCAAGGCCAGCCGUCGGACCCGUGGAGCCUAGUCAGCAUCCAAGAAGUGGAAGAAGUCAAAUGCCUGCUCAAAAUCAUCCCCGUCUGGUCGGCCGGAAUCAUAAGCCUGACGGCGAUCUCCCAACAGGGUACCUUCACGGUCUCCCAGGCACAAAUCAUGGACCGCCACCUGGGCCCCAAGUUCCAGAUCCCGCCCGGUUCCAUGUUCGUCAUCUCCCUCCUCGUCAUCGGCGCGUGGCUCCCCUUCUACGACCGCGUCUUCGUCCCGGCCAUGACCAGGGUCACCAAGAUCGAGGGAGGGAUCACGCUCCUCCAGCGCGUCGGGAUCGGGAUGGUUUUCUCCGUCCUGUCCAUGGUGGCGGCGGGGAUGGUCGAGCGGGACAGGCGGGGAUUCGUCCACGCGCACCCCGAAGCGCCGCGGAUGUCGGUGAUGUGGCUGGCGCCGCAGCUGGCGCUGAUGGGGAUGUGCGAGGCGUUCAACUUCCUGGGGCAGAUCGAGUUCUACAACAAGGAGUUCCCCGAGCACAUGAGGAGCAUCGCCAACGCGCUCUUCUCGGUGUCGUUCGCCACGGCGAGCUAUUUCAGCAGCGUGCUGAUCGCGGUGGUGAGGAAGGCGACCGGUGGGGGUGGCGGCGGCCGGCGGCGGGCGGAUUGGUUGGCGAAUGAUCUGAAUGAAGGGAGGUUGGAUCUGUUCUACUUUCUGUUGGCCGGGAUGGGGUUCGUGAACUGCUUCUACUUUCUGUACUGUGCGAGUGGGUACCGGUACAAGACCAAGAUGAAGAUCGGCGAGGUGGCGGUGGACGAUGGGAAGUUGGCGGAGAUUGAUGAUGUGGAGAUGAAUUCGGUUAAAGUGGCGAGUUGAUCAGUUGGUUAAGUGAAGCGGGUAGGGUUUAAUUUGGUGUACUUACUUAUAUAUAUUGGGUCUGGGUUUGGUAUCUCAUAUGUGCUAGUUCGCAGAGAAUAUAUAUGUCCCCUUGUGGGGUAAAAGUACUUGGUAUGUCAAUAACACAAGAUGUUAACGUUUAUAUAAUCGACAAUCAAAAGUUCAGAAAAGGAAGAACAAAGAGUCUGGGGGAACUUCUGGGUUUGUAGGACAAAUUCAAUGACAGGAUUUUGCAGGAGCUGGUAUUCUACCUAAACGUGAAACUAAGAGUGUACCUGAAGGCAAUGAUGGGUAUACAGAUAUCGGGCUCUCUAUUGAUGAUCUGAGUCGACUACAGAGGCUGCUUAAUCAUUAUAGUCCUCCGGCAUCUCCAACUUCACCUAUUGCUCCUGGAGGAUUAAACCUGGCUUCAGUGAAUCACCAACAAACUCCUAUGGUCAACUCACUGAGUAGACACCUAUCUGUGAAUCCUAACUUUUCAGGUAAAUUCACUUUAAACUCAUACUUCCUUAAGCAUCCAAUGGAAUUUGUCAGUGUUUGGUUCCUUGACACGGGUGCCACUAUUCAUGUCACCUGUUCUAUUUCCAACUUCUUAAAGUAUGAACCUGUUCAAGGUAUUCUUAUAACCUUACCCGAUGGAUCUAAAACUCCAGCUACACAUUGUGGUAGUGUAAGGCUUACAUCUGAAUUGGUCAUUCAUGGUGUUUUGUUAGUUCCAGCCUUUUAAUUCAACCUAGUCUCAGUUAGUAAGCUCACUAAGUCCAUGCCAAUCUUUCUUACCUUUGAGUCCAACAUUUGUCACAUUCAGGACCUUCAAACCAAGAGGAGGAUUGGUUUUGCCCAAGAGACUAGAGGACUCUAUCGACUUACCAUACAUCCAGAAGACACUACCACCCUUGUUAAUUCCAUCAAGACUCAAAACUUAAGACCCCAAUCCUUUGAUCUAUGGCAUUGGAGGCUUGGUCAUCCUUCCAUUUUUUGAGCCAAAGAACUAAAGAAGACUAUACCAGACAUUUCUAUAGGAUCUUUUUCUCAUUGUGAUGUUUGUCACCUUUCCAGACAGAAACACUUACCAUUUUCUUCAAGCCAGACUGUGGCAAGGAGCAAUUUUGAACUCAUUCAUGUUGAUAUUUGGGGGCCUUUGGCCACUGCCAGUUACAAUGGAUAUCAAUAUUUUCUUGCCCUAGUUGAUGAUAGAUCUAGAUGUGUUUGGAUUUAUCUCAUGAAGCAUA